AUGAGCGCAAGCCAUCUCAAGGGCUUGGAUAUAUCCCUCUUCUGCGGCAUUGGCUCGGGGACCCCGCCGGAUGGAACGAAGGCAAAUCUCAUUGAUCCCCCUACACUCGGUCCGGCAGCAUGGGGAAUCACAAUAACAAUGACUGUCUGGGCCCUGUUGUUCACCAUGGCGAGGGUCUACGUUAAUUUCCGGAAGCUGAAGGCUUCCGAUUACUUUGUAAUUAUUGCCAUGGCACUCGAUAUUGUCUAUGGGGCAUCGGUUCUUCUAUUGAAUAAAUGGGCGAGACAUAUCUGGGAUAUACCAGUCUGUUGGAUGACUGGAGAAUUCAUGAAGCGCCUCUUCUUCCAAGCAAUGAUGUACGGCCCGACAAUCUACUUCGCCAAAUCCUCAUUGCUCCUCCUCUACCUCCAGUUCUUCUCUAUCCAGCGACCCAUGCGCAUUGCCACCUGGAUCGGUCUUAUCGUCGUUGCAAUUUGCUAUUGGAGCGGUGAUAUCAUUGAAGCACCAUUCCUGGCGCCACAGCCCGGUCAGAGUUGGCAGGAUGUCGCCUUCAGCGGCCGCUCAGAGAAGAUCAGCCCGUGGGGCCUCGUGCAGGGUCCACUCAAUGUGCUCAUCGAUAUCUAUACCUUUGUGCUGCCCUUCCCGAUCCUUGCAAAGCUGAAGCUGUCUCCUCGUCGGCGCACGGAACUGAUCAUUGUCUUUUCGACGGCGUUCUUAGGAGUGGUGGUUAGCGUUGUUGCACUUGUAUACCGAGUGAAGUUGGUUUACACUAAGGACGUCACGUGGGCACAAACGAGUGUGUUUCUCUGCAUUGUGCUCGAGAACAAUAUCUCCAUCGUGGUAUCCUGUAUGCCAGCCUUCGCCGUGUUUCUCAAGCAAAACGUCUCAGAGACAGCUUUCUUCAAGUCCCUGCGGUCUGCCCUGAUGCCCAGCGGCGGUGAGAAGUCAUCUGGAUCGACACCUGCACCGAAGAAAUGGCCGGGGGCAAGCUUCCAAAGGCAGAGCGACAGGCAGAAGCUGAGGCACAAGGAUGUGCAUGAGGAGAUCGGUUUUGACAGCUACAUUGAGCUGCAUGAUUCAACCCAGUCGAGGUGCGACUCGGAAGCCCUGAAUCCUCCACACCUGUCGCCUCCGCACCUGGCGCCUCCACAGCUUGCGGCACAGCCCCCAGCUUACCACGUGCCAGACCAGGGGAUCAUUCGAACUACUGAGGUUACACAACAGUACUACCCGGCCACAGAAUACGUCAGGGGACAGGCAUUCUAG